AUGCCACCUUAUAAUCAGUACCAGUCGUCAAGUAAUCCGGAAGACUUCAGGCAAGAAACGCUUCCCGCGUCAAUGACACCAAAUAGUGUAGAAUCUGAGUUUGAAGAAAAUGUUGGAAGUUAUUAUGAUGCCAAUGAAAUGUUCUUUGACAUAAAUGAAGAUUUAGAGGGUAGCACUGUUGUCCCGGAUGAUGAGGUACAAGUUGAUCCACCAAGAUCCGGUAUGGAGUUUGACAGUGAGAAAGAGCUUAUUGCCUACCAUAAGCAGUAUGCCAAGCAAGAGGGUUUUGGCGUAAGGACACAAAGGACUAAAAGAGAUGAUGAUGGGAGGCCUGUAUAUCUGACUAUUGGUUGUGCCCAUGGUGGAAAGUACUAUCCGAAGCCAAACACUAAUAUCUUGAAGCCACGAGCAACAACUAAAACAGGUUGUAAGGUGAAGGUAAAUGCAACGUUGAACUGUCAUGAGAAAUGGGUUUUGACUACUAUAGAGAAUUCUCACAACCAUAUUACUUUGAGCCCCAAGAAAAGUAGACUAUUUCGAUCGCACAAGCAUCUAGAUGAAUAUAGUCAAAUGAUCCUCGAGCUGAAUGAUAGAGUUGGUAUACGAAUGCACAGGAACUUUUAUUCUCUUGUUGUUGACGCGGGGUGUUAUGAGAAUCUGGCUUUUCAAGAGAAAGAUUGUAGGAAUUAUAUUGACAAAGCUAGAUAUUUAAGGUUGGGUAAAGGAGGUAGCGAUGCACUUAAUGAAUAUUUCAAGAGAAUGAGAUAUCAGAACGAUGGAUUUGUUUCUUACAUGGACAUGGAUGAUGAUGGAAGGCUACGAAAUGUGUUUUGGGCUGAUGUGCAAUGA